AGGCGUGCCGACAAUAUUGUCAUCGUUGUAUAUGAUUAUUAAUGCAACACCGGGAAGUUCACAGGUCCGUAACAGUGAUCUAUUGAACCAUGAAAAGAGGAAGUUGGAUUCUGAGUUUUGGGAGUGAGGAAGGAAAGCGAUCACACGGUGCGUUAUCAACCAAUGUAAGUACUCUGCAGAAUCGCUAUUCCGGUUAUGGUGUAAUUAGCCGAUAUUUAGGUGAAAACAAGACUGAAAUAAUGGCUGAAAGUGAGGAACGUGGGACAGAAGCAGUCAGUGAUCAGCCUGAUCAGACAGACAGAGAUAAGAGAGAUAUAAGUCGAGCUGAUUCAGUGGAGAGCGCUAUUGAUCAGCAUUUGAAGAAGGUGGAGCUGCAAGUGAUAGCCGCGACCGAAAAAGAACUCAGUCAGGCGGAGGCUGAUCGAUACAAAAUGGCAACAUUAAUUAACCAGGAAACUGAGCGAGAUAUUCGACGAUUGUACGAGAAGAGAGAUGAACGACUGAGAAAGAACCACCAAGAGACUGAGAAGAAACGACAAAUGAUUGUUGAAAAGAGAUUUGAGCUUGUGGAACAGAUUCACAGCUUGGGUGACGAAAUCAUGAAAACUGCAAACAAACUGAAAAUAAAACACCAUGAUAUGGGAUUUUCGAAAUCAUCAUCGUCGCCAAAGCUCCAUGCUAAACUAGCCAAGAAGCUAUCAGGACACCAUCACAAGAACGGCGGAGACAGCAGCUCCAAGAAUAAACAAUCGUGCGCUGGAAUUGAGGGACUUGCUAAGCUUGUUCAUGAGAUAGCCUUUGGAAUAUCUUUUAUGAAGCUUGAAGGAGCGAAGGUUGGUCAGAUAAGUGGUAACACGGAUAGGUGGGUCUUGGAAGAGAAGAUAGAGGUGGGACCGAUGGUUGGACUACCAGCUCUGAAAGGCGCCAUCAGCGGUUCUGAAGUCGUGGUGGAGGAUGUCAAGACAUCUUUUGUGUACGUCACGAACAUCGAAGAUAAGACAACCAGGGCGGUGAUCGGAGAGAAGUACCCGAUGUUUAACUGCGCAUCCCAUGACGGUACGGUGAUUGUCUGCGGUGGCAGGAGUGGCAAGGUGGCGCUCUAUGACAGAUCUUGGGGACACCUUCGAAACCUGAGCUUACCCGAGAAGUUCUUGAGCGGAGCUGAGGUGAUGUGUGUCGCGGUGGAUGGAAGCGCCAGGAUCUUGAUAGCUCAGUAUGGAGGUAACACCAUCCAUGUCUUCAAUCCUUCAGGUACUCAAUGGAUCAAGACCAUCGAGAUCGAAGAGAUGGUUCCGAUUCAUGGUAUCCAUGUCUUACAAUCUGGAAUCGCUGUACACUCUGCUAUGUACGGAGAACAGGUGUGCAUCGUCGACAAGGACGGGAAGGUCAAGGCUAACGUAUUCCUUGAGGAAUCCGAGGAGAAGUGCAUGAGUAUUCUAUCCACUGACCCGGUGUCCAAUGCCCUCUUUAACCUGACUUGUAAUUCUACCAGUGGACAAUGUGUAGUGGAGGAACUCUGUGAUGUGAAGUCAGGUCAUGCAAAACCAGAGAAGAUAAUUGAAUUUGAUGCUCCUAGACUGGCUAAUGGACUCAUUGCAGGAGAGGGGUUCAGUGUCUUAAGACCGGACAAGAUGGUUACGUGUGAUGGGGAACAACUUCUUGUCUAUGGAAAGAGGAAAGGGGUGCACCACCUUCGACAUAUAAUAUCGGAAUCAAACACAAUCAACAAAGGUGACAGAGACUGAGUACUGUUAAUAUUGCUGACAUACAUCUUGUGUAACUGUUGUAUAUUCCUUUUUCGUAAUGGACAAUACAGACAGCCUGGAGCUGUUUCAGCGAAAUAUGACAUCUAAAAAAAAAUAGAAUAUGAAUUUCGGAGAGGGGUGGCAGGGCACUCGAUUAGGUUAAGACGCAAUGUUGUGUGUGCUUUUUACGUUUUCUUGACUCUCACCCCCCCCCCAAAAAAAAAUGGAAAUAUAUAUGUAUAUUCACUCGUGUUUUGCCUAUUAGUCGGGAUUUUUGGAUGCCCAGUUAUAUCUUGGUGUAGGGACAUGCUCUUGUGGUUCACAUUCGGUUUAUGGACACGGAAAGCUCCUCUUAAUAUGUGCUUUUGUAUUAUUUACAAGUCAUGAUUGACAAAUUUACACGAAAAAUGCUUUGUGAUGUGCUCUCAGACGUGUGACUGCGCGUGUGUAUAUUGAUAGAGUUCAAUGCCCCAUCCUGAAAUAUUUUAUUCUGAGUAAUAUACGAUUAUUAUGUGAAAUACUUAAACGGAAGGCAAAAAUGCUGGUUCAUAGUCUUUAUAAAUCAUGGUUUCAUUACGAAACAAGAGAGUCUUAAGAUUGGUGUUAUGGGCAUGUACAUAUAAAUACUCGGACAUUUUAUUAUUCAGGUUAUGUUACAAGUGCUACUGAUUGUUUACUCAUUGUAGUUCAUCAUUUUGGAUAUCGGGGUAUUAUCAUGAGGGUAUUAAAACUUUAAUAUUCGUGGUCCCAUUUGAUAAAACGUACUAAGUAACGUGGUCAUCCAAGAUGGACCACUGCAACAAUUCACAGUCUAACAUAAUCAAUGGUCAGAUGUUAUUAGCAAUGGGUGACCAGCCACUCCCAAAUCAGCAAUAAGUCUCUCGGAAAGGUUCUCUGUUUAUAGCCAAGAUAUUCAUUUGGUCUUCCAAAAGUCAAAAUAAAAAAAAAACAUCUGAAAGAAAAAUCCCUUCUUCAUACUGUCAAGAUUUGAAGUUGUAAAGUUAGAUUUAUAGACGAGAUACAAUAGUUUCAUUGAGAUUGCACAGUGUGCACAUCACAUGCUUAUAAUUGAGUUAAAAACAAAAACCUCUAACCCUAUAUUUUUUUUAAUUCUUUGAAGGACUCAAUGAAAAUCUACUAAAUUCAAUCUAGUUCUUGGUGUGUUAUGGUUGAUCAAUGUUAACAAGCUUUAUAUAUAUACACACACAUAUAUAUAUAUAUAUAAACCCAUUCGCCCUUUUUUUUACUUAGUAUGUGCUUUUUUGAGAUCAAUAAAAAAUUGACAUUUAUUUUGGGCAACUUGGUUUGAGGGUGACUGGUAACCCUUGUGAAGAAUAUCUCGUUAAAAUAUUCUGUAUUCUGAGCGGUACAUGGCAGACCACCAUAACCACACUUAUCUAUACAUGUUAAAGCUUCAGAUUAUUUCAGAUACCAAUCAUGCUAAUGUGAUGUUGACUUUAGAAAUUUACAAUGAGGAAGUAUAUUACAGUAUAUCCAAAGAAAAAAAUAUGGGAAAGAAGUCACAAUAAUAUCUUGUGGUUUGACAUCGUGAUACAAAGGUUCAUUAAUGAAAGAAUAGAAUCGGAAAUUUAUCAAAUAUCAUAAUACCGCAGAUCAUAUAACUCUUAAAAUUUGCUUAUCAUGCGUGUAUCUUGAAAAAAAAUUAUUGCAAUGUACUCGAUACAUAAUUGAGCAAACCGAAUGGGUAAAAGCACUUUGUAGGAAGAAAAAAAUCAACCUCGUUUCUAAAUUUCCCCAAACUCUAGGAAAGUUUCCAAGUUUUGAGGAUUUUUUUUAUUUUUUUUUACUCAUCUCACGUUUGCUAAAACUAUGUGUAAAAUUAUUUAAUAGUUCUUUAUCUGAGAAAAACACGUUUCCAUUUCGAGUUAUCAUUUGUCAAAAUGUAUUCUUUCACAAUGAAAUUGAAUUUAUCAACUACAUUCUAAUCAAAGGAGUUUUCUUUGAAAUUUAAUACGAUUAGUGUUGAAAAGGGAAGUCUAACGACCAUGAGUUAGAAUCCCUGUAUCAAACAUGUCAAACAGGGAAACCCCCUUUUGGCUUAAAAGGCCUUGUCACUCCCACAACAUCAAUAACGUUUCCUUUUGAAAUAGAUAAUGGAUAUCAUUCCUCAAUGAUUGGGUUAAACAUUACCCCCCUUUGAUGGAUUGAGGAAACCGUUUAUCAGCGUUGUAUAUCCUGUAGCAGGAUGGUUAGGUGCCAAAGGUUUAGAAUCUGAAUAUAAACAAAUUAUUUAUCACGUGAUUUGUGUAAUAUAAUGUUCUGUGAUGAAUGCUACAUGUCAUUUAUAUUUCCAAUUAAAGCACGAAGUCAAGCGA